AUUCCUCGGACACAGGAGAGAUGUCUUACCAGCAGCAGCAGUGCAAGCAGCCCUGCCAGCCUCCCCCCGUGUUCACACCUAAGUGCCCGGAGCCUUGCCCUCCACCAAAGUGCCCAGAGCCUUGCCCACCCCCAAAGUGCCCGCAGCCGUGCCCUCCCCCUCCGUGCCAGCAGAAAUGCCCCCCCUGUCAGCAGAAGUGUCCUCCCAAGUGCAAGUAACAGCGCCCGCACUGCCCAGGAUCAUGAAACGGAAAGACCCAGACUCGUCUCAGUCCCAGGACCCCAUCACCCUCUCUGCCGUGGUGACACAUGCGUCUUCUCUCAGCUCCCACCUGAGCUGACAGCUCACAGAGAAAAGGCCUGGUGCCUGAGCUGAUGCCAUGCGGCUGGACGACGCACAGCAACAUCAUUGCCUAAUCUCGCUCUGCCAUCUUUGUGUGUCACUGGGUGGCGAUCUCUGUUCUGUGAGCCUUUGAGCGUCUAUUCUUUUGCUUCUCUAAUAAAGCAAAUGUUUCAUGCAUGACUCACAUUA